GAGAAGGGUUAAUGAAACCGAAAGGAGGAAAGCAGGUGAGGAGAUCAUUAAUGACAGAAAGAGAAGGCAUCCUUUUCUUUCCUUACAGGCUCCAUAUCUCUGAUCAUUAAGCAAACUUCUUCGUCAAUUUCCUCUUCCUCUUCUUCCUCCUCCUCUGCUUUUUAUACAGGCACAUAUCCCCUUCUCUCUCUCUCUCCCCUAUAUUCCCCUAAGCUUCCUUCCAUAUAUACACAGCAGAACCCAUUCUCUCUCUCUCUCUCUCUCUGUGGGGUCUCUCUAUUUGGCAUAAAGUUUCAGACUUUUUGCAGAGAGAGAACAGAACUAUCCUUCUUUUGUUGCUGGGGGCUUGAUAAUGUGGCAGAAUCAUCCCCAUAAAUCUUCUUCUUCUUCUUUAAGAGAUUCUAUUGUGGCUCUCGAAGCUGAUAUUCAGCAUGCCAAUAUCCUGGCGGCAUCACUGCCAAGAGGUUAUGGAGGGGACCACAUUCAGAUGAAACUAUCAUACAGUCCUUUGGCUCCUUUAUUCCUUCAUUUGAUCCAAUGGAUGGAUUUCACUUGUACCGAUUCUCUCCCCACCUCUCUUGGCUUAUUUCACAUCCUCAUUUACAAGGUGUACGGAGAUGGAUUGCCGUCCUUAUCCUCCAAAGAAAGAAAAGCCUCCCUCAAGGAUUUUUACGGUGUAAUAUACCCAUCACUGAGGCUACUUGAAGGGGAGUUAAAAGCACAAGAAGCUAAAGAUAAAGGAAAUAAUCGAACACAUCAAGUUGUGAGCAGAAAGAGCCCAAAUAAGAAAGGGUUAGAAAAUAAAGAACAAGAGUUGAGAGAUGAUGAAUGUGGAAUCUGCAUGGAGAUGAGCAUGAUCAUGGUCCUCCCUAAUUGUGGCCAUUCCUUGUGCAUCACCUGCUUCCAUGACUGGAAUGUGAGAUCAGAGUCAUGCCCGUUCUGCAGAGGAAGCCUGAAGAGGGUGAGUUCAAGAGAUCUGUGGGUUGUGAUAGACGAGAGAGAAGUGGCUGACAGAGUCACAGUGGCAAAAGACAACCUCACACGCUUCUAUCUUUACAUGGAAUCCCUCCCUCUUCUUUCUCACGAUCCUCCUCCUCAUCUCUUCCUCUUCAACUACAUGCUUUGACUCCCUCUCUCCCUCUCUCUCUUCAUUAUUAUCUGUAUAUAUAUAAUACCAGUUUUCUUCUUCGGUCCCAUUAAUCAUCAUCAAUAUAUAUAUAUAUAUAUUUUCAGGUCUCCCA